UUACUUGUCAUUUGUCAGACGCACAACAUAAUUCAACACGACUUGUAAAAUUGUUUAAAACUAUAAAAAAAAUAAUAUAUCGAUAUGAAACGACUGGAAAAGAAAAAGGUUAAAAAUCCAAAACAUAAAAAGAAAUCUAUAAUAAAACCUAAAAAAGAGAAAGUACUCGUUGUGGCGCAGGAAUUUAAAUUUGCGCGUCUGCUUUCUGGAAACGAGAAAAAAACUAGAGAUCGUGUUUUGAAAACAUUGAAAAAAUGGCUUUUGAACUGUUUUGAGAAAGGAUAUGAGUUCAAGGAAGAUGACUUCAUCCGAGUAUGGAAAGGUUUAUUUUAUGCCGUGUGGAUGUCUGACAAGCCUCUAGUACAGGAAGAACUGUGUGACAAUAUAGCGGAGAUCCUCGACCUGUUCCCUGUGGAACAGAUACACCAUGCUAUCCUGAUGAUGAAGGCAGGGUUUAGAGUGUUAGCCACUGAGUGGUACGGACUGGAUCAACACAGGAUGGAUAAGUUCCUUAUGCUGGUCCGACGCUACCUCCGCGGCGGCUGGCGCUGUCUGAGGAGAGCCGACUGGAGUCUGGACUCGUGUCACAGAUUUGUUGACAUGCUCACGGGACAGGACGGCCUGUUUGCUGUGAAGACUCCAUCCUUUGCCAGGAACUCCCUGUCCCUGAUGCUGCAUGUCAUUGACUGCUACCUGGAGGAGUUGUCCAAGGUAUCCGAAGGUUCCAUCCCCCUGGCCAGCAUGGCGUGUCUCCUCCAACCGUUCACGCUCCACGUGAGGUGUGACACUCCGCUCAGUGUGCCGGCCAGGAGACUCCUCACGCAGCUCAUCACACAGACCGACCUGGGCUUGGAGUACGAACAGAAGGCUCGGGCCUGGAAAAAGAUGGGUUGUCCCCCCGGAGGACCGGAUGCCUUGGAGCUGGUGGAAGACGAGGAUGACGAGGAACAUGAGGAUGACGAGCAGGAGGAGGUCCUGGAGGACGGGCCUGGGCCGCUGGACCCUCGCGCAGGUCGUGUGAGCGUGCUGCUGACGCCGCUGCCAGUGCCGGGAGCCGAGCUAGCGGACCAGCUGAGAGGAGCCGCGACCUCGCACCGCGCGAAGAGACGAGCAGAGAUAUGUGCUGAGAGGUUCUUAGCUCUAUCAUCAUCAGAAUAUCCCCUGAAGGUUCCCGAGGCGGACAUCCCGGAGGAGGUGCCUAAGGGCGUGUCCCCUGGCAAGGCAGCCAAGAGUCUGGUGAGGCUGGAGAGGAGCCUCGGCGCCACCAAGGACGAACUGGCUCUCAAAGCAAUGAGCAAAAAACAUCGCAAGAAGUUACUGGCGAAGGCGCGAGCUGGUCUCAGUAUAGUGGAGGAAGUGACGGCAGGAUCCAGGGACGGGGAGUGGCAAGUCGAAGAAGCGGAAGACACAGAACACACCAAGGACGAGGACAAAGAAAACCUGAAGAAGAAAAAGAAUAGAAAAAGAAAGAUGAAGAACGACCAAGAAGACGGAAACAAGAAACGGAGAGUGACCGGAGAUGACGUCAUAGAGACAAAUGAAAGUAACCAUAAGAAUAGUAUCACAGAAAUUAAGAAAAAGAAACGAGAUAAAGCAAAGAUAAAGACAAAAAAAAAUAAUGAAAGAAAAGUCAGCGGAGGUGACGGAAGCAAGGCGGUGAUCAGUAUUAAGCCAAUAAAUAAAGAAAAUAAUACAAAAACACAAAAAGAUAGAAUAGAAAACAAAGAGCGGGCUGAGAGUGUAGCGAGUGAUGAGAGAAAGAAUGAAAAGAUGAGUAAAGAUAAGGAAAAGAAACAGGAAAAGAAGAGAAACGAGAAGGACAGUGAGAGAGUUACACCGAGUAAGGUCAAGAACUAUCAGAAGGCGACUCAAGCGAAGAAAGACAGUCCCAAGAAGGUGGUGACCUUCGACACGCCCAAGAAGGUGAAGUUCGUGUUGAAGAAGAACAGUAUGCAACUGCCCGGGGAGUACUACAGGAGCGUGCAGAGGAGCCCCGACAUCCCUUACGACGGGACCAGGCAGCCCGCCAAGACCAACCUCAAGCCCUCCACGCCCUCACCCAUCAACCCGUUCUUUAAGAAGUACAAGCUGAAGAUCAAGUGAGCGCUCUGAGACUGACUCAGUCUAGCGCCGAGUCUAGACUGCUCGGAGCCGAGGAAGACGUUCAGUCGUUCAAGUGAGUGGUUCUCUGUAUUGAUGUUAGACGCUGAUCACGUUACACUAGAAUUAAUGUUGUUUGUAAAAUAAAACUAAGCUUAAGUGA